GAAUUUCUAGCACUCCUGGAGAACCAUACGGUCAUUCAAGGUCGUGACGUCUCCUUCACUUGCGUCGUUAAUCAUCUUCAAUCUUACAAGGUAACGAGGGAAGCGUAACAAGAACGAUUCCUUAAAUGCGGCUGAUCUAACGGGCGCAGGUUUAACUGUCUAAUCAAGAAAGUAACCAAGGCGCCUCGCAGCGUUCAAUAGACACUAAAGCGGCAACAUCCGGCGAUCAGUCUUGGUAGAUUCAAGCGAGAAGCGCAUUAUUCUUAUUGCACCCUCCAUCCUCCCGGAACCUCUCAGGAUGUAUUACCGGCACGUAGAUAUACGUAUGCAUUGUAUUCCUCUCGCUCUCAGCUUCAGACAGACAGAACCAACAAGUAUCAUCCAUAAUAAACUAAUUCUGGGAUACAGCGAUAUAACACAGAUACAUAUAAGGGGCGAACGGUGUCGCUUGGAUGAAGUCCGACUCCAAAGCUAUCCUGGCCAUUCAUACGCACAUGGUCGCUCAAAAUCCACGGUUGUCUGUCACUCACAACGGACAUAACACAUGGAAACUGCACGUGACCAACGUCCAACCGAACGAUUCUGGCACGUACAUGUGUCAAGUUAAUACAGAUCCCAUGAGAAGUCAGACGGGACACAUGAAAGUGGUGAUACCACCGGACAUCGUCGAUUUAGACGGUUCUGCCGAUCUAACGGCCGAAGAGAAUAGUGAUUUGCGAUUGAGGUGUCGAGCCACGGGAACGCCGCAGCCAGUAAUCACCUGGAAGCGGGAAGAUGGACGGAAUAUUACUCUGAGAACCGAGCACAGUGUCCAACGAGUAAAGUCGUACGAAGGGGAGGAGCUUCGCCUGACGGGUAUACUACGGCAGGAGAUGGGCUCUUAUCUUUGCAUCGCGUCGAACGGUGUGCCGCCGACGGUCAGCAAACGGUAUUACGUGAACGUGCGAUUUAAACCGCUGAUUAAAGUCCCGAACCAAUUAGUCGCGGCACCUGUCGACAGUGAUGUUGUUCUUCACUGUUACGUCGAAUCUUGGCCAAAGGCGCUGAAUACAUGGUACAGAAACAAUGGUUUCAAAUUGUUAUCGGAUGAGAAACAUGAUUUAACAGAGACGCCGUUGAGCGAUUACGCGUAUCAGUUGAACCUGACCAUCAGGAGAUUAAACAGGGAUGACUUCGGCAGCUAUACCUGCGCGGCGGAAAAUCUGCUCGGUAAAGCUGAAGGAACGAUAAGACUGCAAGAGUUGCAUUUAAUAAGGACUACCUCAGAACCUGCUCGACACCAUACAGAAUUCAUCAACAUCAACAGGUACAAUCCGACGAAACCAAAGGGGAAGCUCUAUUUCGAAUGGGGUGAUGGCUCGCUGUCGAAAAACAGGGGAAAAAUGGGUCACACUUCGUCCGUGUUAAGAAGAAACAGUUCGAACGCGUUGAUGGAUGACACGGUGAAAAAAUCAAAAGCUUCAUCAUAUCCGGCACCGGCACCUGCGCCAGCGCAUUUCGCUCCGACUCAACAGAACGUUCGGAACAGCGUCACGUCGCUGCGACGACACUCGCGAUUAAACCGCGUAGGAUUAAUGCUCGCUUUCCUAGUGAUAGUGAUCUAUAGCUCGUAAAACGGCUGUAUCGAAUGUACGAUAAGAGUACAAAUCACGUUCCAUCGUAGGGAUUCGAGAGAAGAGAACGAAAAAAAAUCUGUAUCUCCUGAGGAGCUCGUUCCACCUCAAUUAGCAUUCGUCGAAUUUUACGUUGAAAAGCCCGGAUUCCUCGAAAACGUUUUCAUGGUCUUCCUCUUCCUAUCAUUCUUCCUUUCCUUUCAUCUACAUUGAGAAAUCGUCAGCGACGCUUCUACCGUGUAGUAAAGUGCACGCACAAUACCCCGGACUAUACUAUAUAGAUGUUGUUCACGCGUAUGACCGUGUAAAACGCAUAUCAUACCGGUGUAUGUCGUUCUAUGGUGUACAUAACGAAAUGGUUUUUAUGACAAUAAACUGUAGCUGUAUACGACAAGUCGAUAAAACAAUCAUCGAUCACCGAUAAGUCACUCGCGAACCGUUGCUACCGGAUGAACGCGAAAGGGAACGUUGUGUACCUUUAACGAACCGAUGGAUUUGUAACUUGAUCUCUUGGAUCAUAUCCCAUUAUCGCAAAACAGGGAUGUUAAUUCUCGAACCGGAUGAAAACGUACAGGUAGUAGUCCAGCAAAAUACUUUUCACGCGAUUUUGUUAUAAUUUUGACCAAGUCUUAGUAACAACAUUAUUUACCACUAGCUAAAAUUUUAAGAACCUACCGCCUAGCGGUACAGUUUGAGAGGUAUCAAUCAUUAAAGUUUUGAUAUUUUUAACGGGAUCCCUAUGUUAGGUAAAGUUUAAAGCAACGGUUGAUGUAUUGCAGCUAAACGCGUCUCACCAUUUUUUCAAAGAACUAAUAUGUUAUAAAGGAUGUUGAUAUUGAAUUAUAUUAAAAAAAUAAAUUAUCUCAGCGGUAUCGUUUAAGAACUUGUAAAGCACAGAACUUUGUACGAAUUUCUAGCAGAAGAUACACGAGCGAAAUGAUAGUAAGUAAAUCUGGCAAUACUGAACUCGAAGAAUAUCAGUUCUGCCGUGUGUUGAGAGAGUGCGAGAAUACGCACGCAGCAAUCACUAUACGUGUAUAAAGAAUGCAAUAUUGCCAAACUUCCAUGCUCUCGACACUUUGUCAGUAUUGGUGUAUACAUACAUAACUUAUGGUGAAUGUGUACAUACAAUCAGGUUGAAUACUUUCUUGCCCACCGUGUGAGAAACGACAGCAACAAGCAAACGCUACUACAGGGUAGUAAUUUUUGAGUAGGAACGUAGCUGGACUACUACCUUCACCUUAAUGAACCGAUAGAUUUGUAACUCGAUCUCCCGCAUCAUAUCGCAUUAUCGCAAAACAGGGAUGUACAGUUAAUUCUCGAACCGGAUGAGAACGUUAAUCGUUCAUGUGGAUAUCUUGCGCGCGUGCAUGUUGAUGAAAACUGUUGAGAGGAACGAAGUCGAAUUGUUCGUUGCCUUUCCACAAAUUCGUUAGAUUAAUCGGUUGUUCAGGGCUGAAUGCGAUCGAACGAACGAACGUGUCCCACUGUCACGCACUCGAUCACCGGUUCAUGAACGUACUCAUUACCAAUGAAUGUAUUGUUUAUUGAUGUUAACGUCUGAGUUGUGUAUCCGUGUAUAUAUGUAUGACAAUAAACGUUGUUUUUACCAUA